UGUGCAGGUGAUGAUGCUUAUGUGGACUGAUGAUUGUAUGACCACGAGAGCGGUUUAGAGAUGCCUUAGUCAAACCUAGUCAUAAAUAAACAAUUUAAUUAUGUUGAACACUUGUUUUACUCCAUUUAGUUUUGGAAUAGCCUGUGCAUUCGGUUAAGAGAUGACCGGAUGUGGCGGUAACACCCAUUUCCCAUUUAAUGUUAUUUCCGCUGCAAAACUUUUUAUCUGUUUUGAAAGAAUAAAUCAAGUUUAUUAUCAAUAAAUAUAUUAUUUCAAGUAUUAUUUUGGGAGGGAAAAUUGGGGGUGUUACAAAUUGGUAUCAGAGCAAUGAUUUUUUCUGGGGAAUUUUUCAAAGCAGUUUUCCGUUUUCUAAACAAUUUUUCAAAAGUUUUCUAAUGUUUCUUAAAUUUUCUUAAGUGAUACCAACAAAUUGGUAUGAGAGACUAUGGUUUUCAAAUAGGAUUUUUCAAAGUGUUUCUGUAUUUAUCACAAAAAAAAGCGUUUCUGUAACUUACUAGGAAAAUGAAUGACUAGGGAAUAAAUAAGACCUUUUAGGACGUGGUGAGGAUUGUUAUAUUUCAAUAUUUUGUAUGAUUGAAUCGUGCAAAUUUGAAAUUAAACCCUUGAUGCUUAUGUGAAGUGUUUGACAUGCUUGAAUAUGGUAGAAUUUGAUACGGAUUUAGAGCUUGAACUUGUAUGUAUACUUAAGUUAGCUUGUAUGUAUACUUAAGUUAGCAUAGUAACCUAGCUCUUAAGGAGACCGGCCUUUACCUUGGUAUGUAAGUGAUAUGUCAGACUAGAAGAUAAGAGAUAGCAAACGUUUUCUGGAGUUACUUGGCUAAGUUAGAAUUUUAUAGUUACGAGAGCGUAACAUCUUUUAAGGAGGGUAGAAUGUGACACUCUUUAAAUUUAAAAAAAAAAAAACUAACUUAGAUGCGGUAUCUGUUAAUUGUAUUUAUAGAUAUUUCUCAUAGCUUAUGUUUCGGGACGAAACAUCUUUUAAGGAGGGUAGAAUGUGACACCCUAAAAAAAAGAAUUAAAUAAAAUUAAAAAUUUAGAAGUCAAAUAAAAUUUAUAGUUUAAUAAUGAAGUGAAAUUUCGAUGUGGCGACAUUUUUUUAGUGAGAUAGAAAUGUAUCAACAAAAGUGACAUUUUUGUAACAAGCGAUAAUUAUACAUAUGACAUAAAUAAUAAAAGUGACAUUUUAACAUUUUUAAUUCAAAAGUAUUAAUUAAUAAUAUAAGUAUAAAAAUACAUCAAAUAUCAAACGAAAAUAAAAGUGUUAGAAAGUGGUCUUUUCAAGUCUUGUAAUGAGCCGUAUAAUCCAUGAUACACACAUAUAAAUAAUAGGCCUGCAAUGACAAUAAUAUAGAUAGCAAUAAUGUAGACACAGUACCAUAAUAGCAAUAAUAUACACAACAUACAAUGAACAUGCAAACCCGGCCAUGUGCUUGCCAACUAUUCACAUACAUACAUACGUACUAUGUAACCAUCAACCAAGCCACUAACAAGGCAUAUGUGUAUGUCAAAAUUAAUUGAAUGAUGCCAAAGAGGCAAAGACCCAUCCUUCCAUUAUGCGAGUACACAUAACCUUUCACUCAAACUUAUGCGAGUACUAGAUAUUUAUAUACCAUCCUUAACAACCGCCAAUGUAUCCCUUGCGAGCAAGAAGAAAGAAAAUAAAAGGGUGAAGCCACUGUUAAUUACCACCUCGAGUCGCCAGAAGGAAGGGCAUCGGAGUAUUAACACGCUUACCGAUGCCGGAACGCAGAGGGAAAACCAAUUAUGCCGGAGCUCACCGGACUGGUUCUCCACGCCGGAAGGAGCAAGACUGCCGAAGACCGGACUUACGACCGAGCACUCCUUGACGCCGGGUUCCUUCGCUGGACGUCUGACUGGUCGCGGCAAAAGUGGGAAAGAAGCCGGAGAGCUGGCCUACGUCACACCUGUACCGACUGCGUGAGGAAGAAGAGAGCUCGAUCGGUAUAUUCUCUUAGUUUGUUUUGUCUAAUAAAUUACUAAUGAGCUGAUUAAAUAGAUUAAUUGGUAUAAACGAUUAAUUGAGAAUAAGGAUAUAAUUUAAUAUAAGUGGGUAACGUACGUGUUUAACCCUGCAUGAUGAAGAGCUAAACUUAAAUCGUAAAUUGGAUAAUAAUUAGGCAUAUUGAUAAUGAUAUACGUAUAAGGGAUAAAUCGGAUAAAUUAUUGAUAAUAAAAUAAGUGACUAAUUAUAUCAUUUUAAUUAAAAAGGUGAUUAUCUAGAGACUAAAAUAGAAGACGAGAAGUAGAAGCUUUGAUUUCGAGGUAAGUUUCUCUGCCGAUCCAAAAUGGUUUCCUCGUAUUAUAUGUUAUUAUGUGAGUAAAAUAUGAAUUUUGAAUAUGUAUUAUUUGAAGUGACAUUAAAUUUAGUAUUUGAGAAAGUUGAGAUAUGGGGUAUUAAAUAUUUUUAAACACCAUUGAGAAUAUUUGGAGACUUGAGAAAUAUUCUGUGCUAGGUGAUUAUUAUGUGCUAUGUGAUUAUGUUUUGAGUUCUUAAAUUAUGUAUAUGUGCUAUUUAAAGAGAUUAAAUCUAUAGUAUUUGAGAACUACAAAUUAUGUACUUUUGGGGUAUUAAAUAUUUUUAAAUACCGUUGAGACUACUUAGAGAGGUUGGAAAUAUUUUGAAGUAUAUCUUGAUACAAGAUGAAAAUUAACAUUUUCAUAAGAGGUGAGCACCCCGGGAGAAAUCCGUGGUGUCGGUUUUUCACAUCCGGAUAAAUGUGGAGGAUGGUUAGGGCUACUAUUACUUGAAGAGAACAAGUUUAGUAGUCGUUUCAAUUCAAGAGAUAGUGAUGGGAACCGGAUUCCGGGAUGAGUUCGUAAAUAACAAUGACUCAUUGGGCUUCGGGCAUAAGUAUCCGAAAGUACCCCUCAUCUUAAAAGAAAGUAGGAGAUUUUGGUUUUGGAAAGAGGAAGACUAUGGAGAUUAUUUUCAAAGAGAAUUGAAAAGAAUUUUUGGUGGAGUGUGUCAUUUUUAUAUAGUAUUAUAUGAAAAACUAUUUUUAGUCAAACCUGAUUAUUUUACGGGGUUGGGUAGUACUUACUUAGCUCUAAAGCUAAUUUUUGUUUCCUUUUCUUUGUUUUGUUUUCUGCACUUUAUUUGUGCAGGUGAUGAUGCUUAUGUGGACUGAUGAUUGUAUGACCACGAGAGCGGUUUAGAGAUGCCUUAGUCAAACCUAGUCAUAAAUAAACAAUUUAAUUAUGUUGAACACUUGUUUUACUCCAUUUAGUUUUGGAAUAGCCUGUGCAUUCGGUUAAGAGAUGACCCGAUGUGGCGGUAACACCCAUUUCCCAUUUAAUGUUAUUUCCGCUGCAAAACUUUUUAUCUGUUUUGAAAGAAUAAAUCAAGUUUAUUAUCAAUAAAUAUAUUAUUUCAAGUAUUAUUUUGGGAGGGAAAAUUGGGGGUGUUACAAAUUGGUAUCAGAGCAAUGAUUUUUUCUGGGGAAUUUUUCAAAGCAGUUUUCCGUUUUCUAAACAAUUUUUCAAAAGUUUUCUAAUGUUUCUUAAAUUUUCUUAAGUGAUACCAACAAAUUGGUAUGAGAGACUAUGGUUUUCAAAUAGGAUUUUUCAAAGUGUUUCUGUAUUUAUCACAAAAAAAAGCGUUUCUGUAACUUACUAGGAAAAUGAAUGACUAGGGAAUAAAUAAGACCUUUUAGGACGUGGUGAGGAUUGUUAUAUUUCAAUAUUUUGUAUGAUUGAAUCGUGCAAAUUUGAAAUUAAACCCUUGAUGCUUAUGUGAAGUGUUUGACAUGCUUGAAUAUGGUAGAAUUUGAUACGGAUUUAGAGCUUGAACUUGUAUGUAUACUUAAGUUAGCUUGUAUGUAUACUUAAGUUAGCAUAGUAACCUAGCUCUUAAGGAGACCGGCCUUUACCUUGGUAUGUAAGUGAUAUGUCAGACUAGAAGAUAAGAGAUAGCAAACGUUUUCUGGAGUUACUUGGCUAAGUUAGAAUUUUAUAGUUACGAGAGCGUAACAUCUUUUAAGGAGGGUAGAAUGUGACACUCUUUAAAUUUAAAAAAAAAAAAACUAACUUAGAUGCGGUAUCUGUUAAUUGUAUUUAUAGAUAUUUCUCAUAGCUUAUGUUUCGGGACGAAACAUCUUUUAAGGAGGGUAGAAUGUGACACCCUAAAAAAAAGAAUUAAAUAAAAUUAAAAAUUUAGAAGUCAAAUAAAAUUUAUAGUUUAAUAAUGAAGUGAAAUUUCGAUGUGGCGACAUUUUUUUAGUGAGAUAGAAAUGUAUCAACAAAAGUGACAUUUUUGUAACAAGCGAUAAUUAUACAUAUGACAUAAAUAAUAAAAGUGACAUUUUAACAUUUUUAAUUCAAAAGUAUUAAUUAAUAAUAUAAGUAUAAAAAUACAUCAAAUAUCAAACGAAAAUAAAAGUGUUAGAAAGUGGUCUUUUCAAGUCUUGUAAUGAGCCGUAUAAUCCAUGAUACACACAUAUAAAUAAUAGGCCUGCAAUGACAAUAAUAUAGAUAGCAAUAAUGUAGACACAGUACCAUAAUAGCAAUAAUAUACACAACAUACAAUGAACAUGCAAACCCGGCCAUGUGCUUGCCAACUAUUCACAUACAUACAUACGUACUAUGUAACCAUCAACCAAGCCACUAACAAGGCAUAUGUGUAUGUCAAAAUUAAUUGAAUGAUGCCAAAGAGGCAAAGACCCAUCCUUCCAUUAUGCGAGUACACAUAACCUUUCACUCAAACUUAUGCGAGUACUAGAUAUUUAUAUACCAUCCUUAACAACCGCCAAUGUAUCCCUUGCGAGCAAGAAGAAAGAAAAUAAAAGGGUGAAGCCACUGUUAAUUACCACCUCGAGUCGCCAGAAGGAAGGGCAUCGGAGUAUUAACACGCUUACCGAUGCCGGAACGCAGAGGGAAAACCAAUUAUGCCGGAGCUCACCGGACUGGUUCUCCACGCCGGAAGGAGCAAGACUGCCGAAGACCGGACUUACGACCGAGCACUCCUUGACGCCGGGUUCCUUCGCUGGACGUCUGACUGGUCGCGGCAAAAGUGGGAAAGAAGCCGGAGAGCUGGCCUACGUCACACCUGUACCGACUGCGUGAGGAAGAAGAGAGCUCGAUCGGUAUAUUCUCUUAGUUUGUUUUGUCUAAUAAAUUACUAAUGAGCUGAUUAAAUAGAUUAAUUGGUAUAAACGAUUAAUUGAGAAUAAGGAUAUAAUUUAAUAUAAGUGGGUAACGUACGUGUUUAACCCUGCAUGAUGAAGAGCUAAACUUAAAUCGUAAAUUGGAUAAUAAUUAGGCAUAUUGAUAAUGAUAUACGUAUAAGGGAUAAAUCGGAUAAAUUAUUGAUAAUAAAAUAAGUGACUAAUUAUAUCAUUUUAAUUAAAAAGGUGAUUAUCUAGAGACUAAAAUAGAAGACGAGAAGUAGAAGCUUUGAUUUCGAGGUGAUGAUGCUUAUGUGGACUGAUGAUUGUAUGACCACGAGAGCGGUUUAGAGAUGCCUUAGUCAAACCUAGUCAUAAAUAAACAAUUUAAUUAUGUUGAACACUUGUUUUACUCCAUUUAGUUUUGGAAUAGCCUGUGCAUUCGGUUAAGAGAUGACCGGAUGUGGCGGUAACACCCAUUUCCCAUUUAAUAUUAUUUCCGCUGCAAAACUUUUUAUCUGUUUUGAAAGAAUAAAUCAAGUUUAUUAUCAAUAAAUAUAUUAUUUCAAGUAUUAUUUUGGGAGGGAAAAUUGGGGGUGUUACAAAUUGGUAUCAGAGCAAUGAUUUUUUCUGGGGAAUUUUUCAAAGCAGUUUUCCGUUUUCUAAACAAUUUUUCAAAAGUUUUCUAAUGUUUCUUAAAUUUUCUUAAGUGAUACCAACAAAUUGGUAUGAGAGACUAUGGUUUUCAAAUAGGAUUUUUCAAAGUGUUUCUGUAUUUAUCACAAAAAAAAGCGUUUCUGUAACUUACUAGGAAAAUGAAUGACUAGGGAAUAAAUAAGACCUUUUAGGACGUGGUGAGGAUUGUUAUAUUUCAAUAUUUUGUAUGAUUGAAUCGUGCAAAUUUGAAAUUAAACCCUUGAUGCUUAUGUGAAGUGUUUGACAUGCUUGAAUAUGGUAGAAUUUGAUACGGAUUUAGAGCUUGAACUUGUAUGUAUACUUAAGUUAGCUUGUAUGUAUACUUAAGUUAGCAUAGUAACCUAGCUCUUAAGGAGACCGGCCUUUACCUUGGUAUGUAAGUGAUAUGUCAGACUAGAAGAUAAGAGAUAGCAAACGUUUUCUGGAGUUACUUGGCUAAGUUAGAAUUUUAUAGUUACGAGAGCGUAACAUCUUUUAAGGAGGGUAGAAUGUGACACUCUUUAAAUUUAAAAAAAAAAAAAACUAACUUAGAUGCGGUAUCUGUUAAUUGUAUUUAUAGAUAUUUCUCAUAGCUUAUGUUUCGGGACGAAACAUCUUUUAAGGAGGGUAGAAUGUGACACCCUAAAAAAAAGAAUUAAAUAAAAUUAAAAAUUUAGAAGUCAAAUAAAAUUUAUAGUUUAAUAAUGAAGUGAAAUUUCGAUGUGGCGACAUUUUUUUAGUGAGAUAGAAAUGUAUCAACAAAAGUGACAUUUUUGUAACAAGCGAUAAUUAUACAUAUGACAUAAAUAAUAAAAGUGACAUUUUAACAUUUUUAAUUCAAAAGUAUUAAUUAAUAAUAUAAGUAUAAAAAUACAUCAAAUAUCAAACGAAAAUAAAAGUGUUAGAAAGUGGUCUUUUCAAGUCUUGUAAUGAGCCGUAUAAUCCAUGAUACACACAUAUAAAUAAUAGGCCUGCAAUGACAAUAAUAUAGAUAGCAAUAAUGUAGACACAGUACCAUAAUAGCAAUAAUAUACACAACAUACAAUGAACAUGCAAACCCGGCCAUGUGCUUGCCAACUAUUCACAUACAUACAUACGCACUAUGUAACCAUCAACCAAGCCACUAACAAGGCAUAUGUGUAUGUCAAAAUUAAUUGAAUGAUGCCAAAGAGGCAAAGACCCAUCCUUCCAUUAUGCGAGUACACAUAACCUUUCACUCAAACUUAUGCGAGUACUAGAUAUUUAUAUACCAUCCUUAACAACCGCCAAUGUAUCCCUUGCGAGCAAGAAGAAAGAAAAUAAAAGGGUGAAGCCACUGUUAAUUACCACCUCGAGUCGCCAGAAGGAAGGGCAUCGGAGUAUUAACACGCUUACCGAUGCCGGAACGCAGAGGGAAAACCAAUUAUGCCGGAGCUCACCGGACUGGUUCUCCACGCCGGAAGGAGCAAGACUGCCGAAGACCGGACUUACGACCGAGCACUCCUUGACGCCGGGUUCCUUCGCUGGACGUCUGACUGGUCGCGGCAAAAGUGGGAAAGAAGCCGGAGAGCUGGCCUACGUCACACCUGUACCGACUGCGUGAGGAAGAAGAGAGCUCGAUCGGUAUAUUCUCUUAGUUUGUUUUGUCUAAUAAAUUACUAAUGAGCUGAUUAAAUAGAUUAAUUGGUAUAAACGAUUAAUUGAGAAUAAGGAUAUAAUUUAAUAUAAGUGGGUAACGUACGUGUUUAACCCUGCAUGAUGAAGAGCUAAACUUAAAUCGUAAAUUGGAUAAUAAUUAGGCAUAUUGAUAAUGAUAUACGUAUAAGGGAUAAAUCGGAUAAAUUAUUGAUAAUAAAAUAAGUGACUAAUUAUAUCAUUUUAAUUAAAAAGGUGAUUAUCUAGAGACUAAAAUAGAAGACGAGAAGUAGAAGCUUUGAUUUCGAGGUGAUGAUGCUUAUGUGGACUGAUGAUUGUAUGACCACGAGAGCGGUUUAGAGAUGCCUUAGUCAAACCUAGUCAUAAAUAAACAAUUUAAUUAUGUUGAACACUUGUUUUACUCCAUUUAGUUUUGGAAUAGCCUGUGCAUUCGGUUAAGAGAUGACCGGAUGUGGCGGUAACACCCAUUUCCCAUUUAAUGUUAUUUCCGCUGCAAAACUUUUUAUCUGUUUUGAAAGAAUAAAUCAAGUUUAUUAUCAAUAAAUAUAUUAUUUC